AUGGAUAAGAUUUAUUCAACAAUAUAUAAUAAUGUAAUAGAAUCAAGAAAAAUAAGCAAAGAAAAUAAGGAACUAUUGUUAAAUUUAUAUGAAAAAGAUCUCUGUGAAAUCAUACCAAAUAUUUUACCAUUUUGUGCUUAUGAAAACGGAAAGUUUAUUUAUUUUCCAACAUUUCCCACUCCAAAUCUAAUUCUCAACAAUAAACAAAUCUAUAAAUAUGGAAUCAAUGGCAUUUAUUAAUAGUAUUAUUUUUAUAUAUCAGUUAGGAUUGUAUCCAUUUUUAAUACCCAUUAUUCAUUGGAAUAAAAUGGAAUAAAGGACUCUGAUCUUAAAAAUAUUGGUUUAUUUCUUUAAAGCCAGGAAUAUGUAUAAAUAAUUCUACCAUAUUUUUUUGACUUAAGUUAUGCUAUUCUACAGUUUUAUUAUACUAUUAUAUAAGCAGCUCUUGACAUUUUAGAAAAUGAUUACUAAAUGGUUCUAUAAUUUUACAUACUCGCAGGAAUAGGCUGCAUAAUUAUAUUAUAUAUAGUCAUAUUGAUUAGAGCAAUCACUUUAUAAAAUAAAGUUCGUUUAAUUAGAUAAACUUUAAUUGUUAUACCUCAUGAAUCUUUAUAAGAUUAAUCUAUACUGAAUUCUAUUAGAAAGAUUGAUAGAAUACUUUGA